AUGGCUCAAGGUGACCUUUACUGUCCGGGCGAAGUGGACGCGUUGUACCCAGACCGGAACAGAUCCGAAACCACCAUUUGCUUGCCAUCACCAUCACCGGCCAAGCGAGCUUCCAGCUAUUAUCCCAAGGCCGGAACCAAGGUGCUGGAGGAAUCCAACGCAGACCCUUUCUACCUCGAGCAGUCUUUGGCCGCGACGCCAACUUGGGCUGACUCCUAUACUCCGGACAUUCGCGAUGAGAGAUACAGUCAGGAUACAAACCAGUACUAUACGCUUUCCCUGACCAACGGGAAAGACUUCGCCUCCCAAGGCAACUACAACGGUCCUAACCGAUCUACCAUUGCGCAAUUGGAACUGGAGAACGAUUUGAGAUUCCAUCACUACACCUCCUCCACCGAGGAACCCAGGCUACUUCACAGUAGCCACGGCUCCUUCAGCUCCGUUGCUACCGAGAGCACUACCCCGGACUUGACCCCAAGCAGUUCCUUCUCCUCUACAUACUCUUCUCCUGCCUGUCCCGAGGCUGUGUUGCAAGCUACCCAGAAGCUCUACCAGCACGCUCGUCAGGCUCAGGAACCUCGACGCUUUUAUCUUCCUGCGUCGACACCUCCCAAAUACUCCCUUCCUCCGCCUCCUCCUGUGCCUUCAUUCCCGAAGGCCGCGAGUCGCCCUACCACUGCUAGCUCUGACGCCAACUCGGCUAUUAUAACAAUGAAGUACGAGACAUCCGGCAUGUCUUCGUCCUCUCGCCGGAGGAAAGCGCAUCCUACACUCCCCAACCUGUCUCGUGGCACAAGCUCUCACAGCUCUCGAAGGAAACAGUCCGGCCCUGGAACACGCCCUCCGCUGGAUCCGUCUAUGAUCUCGCCCCCGUGCCUGAUCAAUCCGGUUACUAUGGAGCCGCAUGCCACACACUUCGACCAGGCUCUUUUCAUCCCUGCCAACGAACUCCCCAGCCCUAUGCCUAGCCCUGGUACUAGCUCUCCUCCUAUCUCUCGCCAAUGGACUGCCACCUCUAUGGAACGUCCCUCGAUGUCGACUAUGGAUGUCUACUGCGAGCAGUCGGUUUGGGAAUCCGACUCGGACAACGAGUCCAUUGGACACAAAUCUCUCUCCCGCAGACCUAUUGACACCUUGCGAAAGGUGCGAAGCCGUGCUAAGCUGCGUGGUGCCAAGUCUCAGCCUAAGCUUCACCAAGCAAUGCUUGAUGAUCAGCUCCCUGAAAGGUUCCCUUGCAUGCCCGACGAUGAGCCCGUCCCGGAGCCUUACCGCGGCAUGAGCUUUGACCGACCUAGUAUCAGCCGUGAUGGACUUCGACCCCAGUACGGCCUCCAAACUCUCCGCCUUGUGGCACCCUCUACUACAUCCCUUAUCAAGCCCCGCUCUCCCCCAAGUACCCGUGAUUCCAACACCCGGGACUCUGAUAUCGACCGCUCGGCUGCGGCAGCUUUCCAAGCACAGGAAAGACGUCGUCAGCGCUCCGACACCCCCGAGUACACAAGCUCUGACAAGGAAAAGCUCACAUCAAUGUGCUACGAGCAACAAUCCCAGGCCACAAUCAUCGAGCCAACCGAGCAGCGCCCCUUCUUUCGCCGUAUGCUUGACUCCCUGCGCUCGUUGAACUGCCACAAAACCACGAAAAACGUGGAUGUAAUCUGA